CGUUUCGGAAUACGGGCCACAGAAUCAACUGAAGCUCGCCAGCCAGUCAGCGGCGGCAGGCGGCGGGAGUUCCAGCGUGGGCCGUACUGUCGAGGAACCUGCCUUGUUUCUUGAUUUUCACACGUUUUAAGCGUUCUACAAUCCGGAAAUUGUUAACGUUGAUCCUGGACAUUGUACAAUUACAGCAGUUACUGUGUGGUUUUGAAACAGUGAGUGAGUGCCUUCGUGAGUGCCACAGGUGAGGCGACUGGCUGGUAUUGAAAUAAUGUUUUCACUCGGCUUAUGCUUGGAAAGACCUGAGUGGCCUCGGCUUGCUGUCAUGUGUCGUGGUGUGGUGAGGUGCAGAACAACGUGUAUCUUAGGGAAGAAUGCAGCUUUUGAACUUGUGGAAUAAAUACGCAUGCACACACGCACGCACGCACGCACGCACGCACGCACGCACGCAAAGUGAUAGUUAUUACGUGUGGAAAGAGAAUUGCGUGUUCUACUACUACUUCUACUACUACUAUUACUACUACUGCCGUGAAGACCAAGCAAAAACCAAGUCACCUUAUUGGUCGACAAGAGAUCACCAUCAGCCCUCCCUUUGGCCCAGAGCUUCAUUGAUUGUGAUUGGACAGCUGGCUUGGUGGGUGACCUGACCUGAUCUCAACCAAGCCAACACGAUUUACGUUUUCCUCAUUGACAUUGGCACCAUGAUGACCUCUGACAUGAACCUGGCACUAGAGAGUGUUGAGGUACUGAAGGGCGCAAUACACAAUGCUGUCAAGGUGCCCCAAAACACACAGGCACAGGUGCAGGGGUGCCUCAACAUGCCAGCCACCUACAACACUGUGGUGGCAAGGACACAGUUAGCACAUCAGUUUUACGAGCACGUCAGUGAAGUAGCCAGAAUGUGUUGCCAACUUGUUCAUGACCAGCACCUGCAGCAGCAAGGCUGGGCAGCAGUGGUGGCCAGCUUGGAGGACAUUGUGGCAGCCUUCUGAGCAAGACAUGACGCAUUCCAGCAAAACUUUGUGGAGUAUCUCAGUGGCCGGGAGGAGAAGGUUGCCCUGCUUCAGUUUUGUGUGUGACUCUCCACUCUUCCUGGCAACUCACCAAUGGGGAGAGGAGGAGGAGGAGGAGGAGGAGAAGAGAGAAGAGAGGAGGAAAGAGAUAGAAAAAUGAUUGGAGUGUAUGAGUGUGUGUCUGUCUGUCACUACUACUACUACUACUACUGCUACUACUAGUUUUGAAGAGGACCUGAAGCUACUGGCAAGGAUUCCAGUCUUCCCUGAAUUCUUUUUGGGGAAGACACAAGAGGAAGAGGAAGAGGAGGAAGCUGGGAAGAAGAGGACAAGCACAGCACAGAAGAAAAAGGAGGAAGAGCAGGAGGAUGAGAAGAGGGCAGGAGGAGGAGGAGGAGUAAAAAGAGAAAGUUGUUUUUGUUGUUGUUGUUGUUGUUGUUGUUGUUGUUGUUGUAAAUAAAAAUAAUUGUUGAUAGCUCUCUCUCUCUCUCUCUCUCUCUCUCUCUCUCUCUCUCUCUCUCUCUCUCUCUCUCUCUCUCUCUCUCUCUCUCUCUCUCUCCCUCUCCCUCUCUCUCUCUCUCUCUCUCCCUCUCCCUCUCUCUCUCUCUCUCUCUCUCUCUCUCUCUCUCUCUCUCUCUCUCUCUCUCUCUCUCUCUCUGUUAGUGAGGCAAGUGUCACUGCUGGACUGGAUCAGCACCAAGGACAGCCAAAGUGACGUCAGACAGAUUGCCCAACUCUGCUGCAGGGGACUGGCCCAGAUCAACAAGGGGCUGCUGAAACUAGUGGGGCAAGAGGUCAGCGCUGUGCUUCGAGAGGCAGACCAGCCACAGAUGAAGGGGCUCAGUGAGCACCUGUGUGGCCUGGAGCAGCUCAUGCAUGAUGCCGCCUACAUGGUGCAGGAGCAGAGCAAUUUCUCACAGAAGGCCAACUUUUGCCCAAGAGCGAUGCCCCCAGAGGCCCACAGACCAGCAUUCCACAAGUCUCUCCCAAGACGCCACCUGCCAUCUGAAGAUGCACAACGUGGCUUUGCAGCACACCACACCACAGGCCGGUGACUCCCGUGCACCACUUGAUAGGGAAUGGUGUGUCUGUUGGCAAGGGUGGUGCUGUGAAGCUGGUGGCACAGGAGCUGACCAGAGUUCUGCAGAACAGCACACCACAGCAGCAGCAGCAGCAGCAGCAGGAGCAUUGUGUGAGGGAAGACACAGCAUGUUGAGGCAAGGCAGCAGCUGUGGAGGAGUGGACAGCUGCACCACUGACACCACCACCACUGCUCAAUGCUGCUAGUACUACUACUACUACUACUGCUGCUGCUGCUGCUGCUGCUGUUCCUCUCCUCCUCCCAGCACAGAAACAGACCGUGGGGUCCUGCCACAAUGCGGCUCCCUCCUGCAGGACAUGUUCUCGUCACCUUCAUGUCCUGGACGCGUGCAUAGACUUAUGCCUCGGUAGCCUGGCUGCAACAGACUGCAGCUGUGUGCUGUGCUGUUGCUGGCCAACAGGAGGGGGCGGGCAAGCUGGCCACCCUCUGCAUCACCACCUGCUGGGGAAAGAAGAGCACCGUUGUUGUCAUCUUUGUUUUCCUUCUUUUUCCUUUUGUUUUCAUUCACUGUUUGCAGGGAAUGGUGACAGAAUUUGUUGAUGUUGUUGUUGUUGUUAUCUGUUUGUUAUUAAAUGAUGUGUUCAUUAAAUGAUGUGUUCAUUGUGUUGUUGUUAUUGUUGUUGUUUUGUGUGUGUGAUGAACAAAAGCAGUCCACAGUUA